GUCGAGCUUCCCUAGCACAAAGUUGGUUUCUAUGGAGACCAUAGAGGCGAACAUACAGCUAACUGCUAACUGGCUCAGAUCUAUCUAGCAACGCCAGGUUUACCUGCGUUAACUACUGGCGACACCAAGCGUUAGCUUUUUGCUCAUUUCCAGCUAGCUUCAGGCUACAGCAGGGCUAUGUAACGGAGGAAUUAGUGCACGUGUUGCUGUACAGUGCUCUCAGGUCAAAAUGUCCUUCAGAGACUUAAGAAAUUUCACAGAAAUGAUGAGGGCCUUGGGAUAUCCUAGAUUAAUUUCUAUGGAGAACUUCAGAACACCAAACUUCACUUUAGUGGCAGAAAUCCUAAUAUGGCUUGUAAAGAGAUAUGAGCCUCACAUGGACAUUCCCACUGAUGUAGAUACAGAGUCAGACAGAAUAUUCUUCAUCAAGGCUAUGGCUGAGUUCAUGGCAACAAAGGCUCACAUCAAGCUGAACACCAAGCGUCUCUACCAGGCUGAUGGCUAUGCAGUGAAAGAGAUGCUAAAGAUUACCUCAAUGCUGUACAGUGCUAUGAAGACCAAGCAGAUAGGCCUGGGAGAUCGAGUUGAGGAGAACAACAACAAGUUCAAGUUUGACCUUGGCUCACGGAUUUCAGAUCUUAAAGUAGCUCGGCAGCUGGCAUCUGAGGUCACAUCGAAAGGUGCAUCUCUGUAUGAUUUACUGGGAAAAGAGGUGGACCUAAGGGAAAUGAGAACUGCAGCCAUUGCCAGACCUCUGGAGAUUAAUGAGACUGAAAAGGCACUGAGAGUUGCCGUCAAGGAGGUUUUGGAAAGUGUGGAGAAGACCAAAGACAUGCUGAAUAAUGUUGUUUCUGAUGAGACCAGUCUGGAUGCCAAGAUAGAAAAGAAGAAGCAGGAGCUGGAAAGUAAAAGAUUUUUGUUCUUUGUCUUUUAACCUCUUAGGCCAGCAUUCAUGGAUGAAUAUGAGAAAAUCGAAGAAGAUCUCCAGAAGCAAUAUGACAUCUAUGCAGACAAGUUUAAGAACCUCUGCUUCCUGGAGUCACAGCUGGAUGAUUACUAUAGACUGGAGCAGGAGAGGUUUGAGGAAGUGAAAAACACACUGAGGAUGAUGCAGCAAAAACUGAGAGAGGAGGAAAUGGAUAUGAUGAGAAGUUCCUUAAAAGAUGAGGACUCUGAUAUGGAUGUUCCAGAAGAUGAAGGUUCAGACAGUGACAUUGAAGAGUUUCGACCUUCUAAGCCACGGCCCACACGAAGUGGCACCUUGGCAGGAAGAGGAGCUAGAUUCAUUGGGAACAUGCAGGGUGGAGACAGCGACGAGAGUGAAAACAGUGAGAUUGAUGUGGACGAGGAUGACGAGGAAGAUGAGGAAGACAAGGAGGAGGAGAGCCAAAAUUUGGAUGACAGUUUGGAGCACCUGGUGUCCAGGGGAGCUCGCCCCUCCAGGGGGGGGCUGAGCCCCUCUCUGCUGGAGGAGAGUGACAAUGACUUCUGAAUGAAGAACACACUUAUUUUAUUAUUAUUUAUAA